AUGGCCGAGACCUCCAUCACCACGCUCUGGCCCUGGAAGGUCCGUGAGCUGGCCGAUAAGGAACCCGAGAACGGCGUCUUCAAAAUGCUCCGAAAUGAUGUCACUCGCUUCCUCACAACCAUACUCAUCGGCACAACUGUGGUUAACAUUGGCGCAACGGCAAUUGUCACUGAGGCGGCCACAGCAAUGUUCGGUGAAGCAGGUGUCAGUGCAGCAACAGGCGUCAUGACUGUCGCCGUUCUACUUCUUACAGAAAUCACACCUAAGAAUGUUGCAGUCCACAAUGCCACAGAAGUUGCCAGGUUUGUGGUCAGACCAAUCGCUUGGCUUUCAAUCAUCCUGUACCCCGUUGGGCGUAUUGUUACAAUUAUAUCCAUGGGAAUUCUAAAGCUUCUAGGCCUUAAAGGAAGAAGUGAGCCAUAUGUGACUGAAGAUGAACUGAAGCUAAUGCUCCGGGGAGCGGAGUUGAGUGGUGCAAUUGCAGAAGACGAGCAGGAUAUGAUUGAGAAUGUGCUCGAGAUUAAAGACACACAUGUAAGGGAGGUGAUGACACCUUUGGUAGAUGUGGUUGCAAUUGAUGCAGCCGCAACACUGAUUGAUUUCAAAAACCUAUGGGAAACCCACCAGUACUCUAGAGUUCCUGUAUUUGAGGAGCGCAUAGAUAAUAUCGUGGGAAUUGUAUAUGCAAUGGACAUGCUUGAAUAUGUUGAAGAGGCUGAGAAGUUGAAGGACAUCACUGUGAAGGAAAUCGCACAUAUGCCUAUAUACUUUGUCCCAGAUUCCAUGUCCGUUUGGAACCUGCUGAGAGAGUUCCGGAUCAGGCAGGUUCAUAUGGCAGUGGUCCUCAAUGAGUAUGGUGGAACGAUUGGUAUCGUGACAUUAGAAGAUGUGGUGGAAGAAAUAGUCGGUGAAAUCUUUGAUGAGAAUGAUUCAAAGGAGGAAAUCCAGAAGAAAACAGGUAAUAUAGUAAUGCUGGAAGAUGGAACAUUUGUUGUCGAUGCAAACACAUCUAUAGACGAUCUUUCUGAAGAGCUUGGUGUUAAAAUACCAGAGGGCCAUCAGUAUGAGACCGUGUCUGGUUUUGUUUGUGAAUCCUUUGGCUAUAUACCAGAAGAAGGUGGGAAAAUGCUUGUGAUACUCGAAAGGGAUAAAAGCGAGGAGAAUGGUGAAUAUCAGGACGAAGGAUCUGAUCACCAAGAUGAACGAGAAGCAACUCAAGCUUAUGAACUUGAGAUACUUGAAGCUAAUGCAAGAAAGGUCAGUAAAGUAUGUUUCAAGCCAAUAAGCAGCGAAUGUGUAGACGUUGACAACAAGGGUGUCAACCGGCUGAUGUCAAAAAAGAUUAUCAAACGGAAGAAGAAGGACUCUGGUAAUUCUUCCGACAGCGAUGAUGACGACGAGUGCCCUGAUAUAACAGAAAAUGGUUGUCCUGCAGAGCUAGUUUCAUACUCAGAUGAUAGUGCGGAGCUAGAAGAUUCUGGCAGUUCUGUGGGACAAGGUAACAAAGUAAACAAUUAG